GUGUUUGCUGUAGAUUAGUGUCUACAGAUCCUCUGCUCUUGCUCUGUCCAUGUGUGUCUGUCUUCCUCUCUCUAUUUCUAAAUCAUGCUUACUUCAUCUGUAUUUGGAGAGGAUCUCGCUCUCUGUCUCUCUCUCUCUCUCUCUCCUCAUCUGGACUCUGUUGGGUCACUCUUCUAUCAGUUCUUCGGACUGUACGAUGAAAACCAGAGCUCUUUUGCACACCGGCUACUGUCUGUUUUUUCUUCUGUCUGAUUCAGGGGUUUGUGGCUCUGAGGCCGAGCACAGGCUCUUCUCAGUCAUCUUCUCCAGUUAUAACCAGUACAUCAGACCGGUGGAGAACGUGUCCGAGCCCGUCAUCGUCCAGUUUGAGCUCUCCAUGUCACAGCUGGUCAAAGUGGAUGAGGUGAACCAGAUUAUGGAGACCAAUCUCUGGCUGCGACAUAUUUGGAACGAUUAUAAGCUCAGGUGGAAUCCCAAGGAUUUCGGAGGCGUUGAGUUCAUCCGUGUGCCGUCGAACAAGAUUUGGAAGCCAGACAUCGUGUUGUACAACAACGCAGUCGGUGAUUUCCAGGUGGACGACAAAACGAAAGCUCUUCUGCGCUACAACGGAGACGUCACCUGGAUCCCACCGGCCAUCUUCAAGAGCUCCUGCAAGAUCGACGUCACCUUCUUCCCGUUCGACUACCAGAACUGCACCAUGAAGUUCGGCUCGUGGACCUACGACAAAGCCAAGAUCGACCUGGUGCUCAUCGGCUCCACCAUCAACCUGAAGGAUUUCUGGGAAAGUGGCGAGUGGACGAUCAUCGACGCUCCCGGGUACAAGCACGACAUCAAGUACAACUGCUGCGAGGAGAUCUACACGGACAUCACGUACUCGCUCUACAUCCGCCGGCUGCCGCUCUUCUACACCAUCAACAUGAUCAUUCCCUGUCUGCUGAUCUCCUUCCUCACCGUUCUGGUGUUUUAUCUCCCGUCCGACUGCGGAGAGAAGGUGACCUUGUGCAUUUCUGUUCUCCUCUCCCUCACUGUUUUCCUCUUGGUCAUCACCGAAACCAUCCCGUCCACGUCUCUCGUCAUCCCUCUGAUCGGAGAGUACCUGCUCUUCACCAUGAUAUUUGUGACUCUGUCCAUCGUGAUCACUGUGUUUGUGCUCAAUGUGCAUUACCGCACGCCUAAGACGCACACCAUGCCCGGCUGGGUUUGGAAAGUGUUCCUCGGUCUGCUCCCUCGGGUCAUGCUCAUGACUCGGCCUGAGAAAGAGCCGGAGAGGAAGACCAGAUCCUGCGCUCUUCACGCUCCAGGUCUGGUUUCCAGCAAACAGACGAAUGUUUCGCGCCGGGCUCCUCUGCUGCUGUGCUCCUCUGAGCUCACCAAUCUGAGCGAGGCCUCGUCUAAGACGGCACCUGGCUUUCUGUGUCGAGACGGACGAUGCCUGGGGAAGCAACAAGGCACUAACGCCUCCAGCGCAGGAGCAGAAGACGGAGGGAGUCCGUGCUCCAGCUCGGAGUCUCUGGACGCUGGGUUUCUGUGCAUGUCUCCACAGGUCAGAGACGCCAUAGAGAGCGUCAAGUACAUCGCCCAAAACAUGAGGCUACAGAACGAGGCCAAGGAGGUCCAGGACGACUGGAAGUAUGUGGCGAUGGUGAUUGACCGGAUCUUUCUCUGGGUGUUUGUCCUCGUUUGUAUUCUGGGUACGGCUGGACUCUUUCUGCAGCCGCUGCUGAUGAGCGAAGACAUGUGACGACUUCACAUCCCAACAUUUUCAUAGAUUUCUAAGUACCCACCCGACGGCUUACUGUCCUGUCAAUUCCUAUUUCCAUCAAAGUCAUGCAACCCGGUUACAUUACAUAAUGCUAAAAAACAUUUGGCCGAUGACUGGACCGAAUAUUUGGCCUGUAGAUGGAGUAUCAGAGGCUUGUGCAACUAGCAGAGUACUCUUAAAUGAAUAGUCCACUCAAAAAAUUGACAUUUAUUUGCCUUUUGAGUUGUUCCAAGUCCAUGUGGUCUUUUUUUAUUUUUUUUCCAUGUUUCAUAGAUCACAGUAAGCUCCAAAAUGAGAAUGAAGCACCGUAAAAGUAGUCUGUACAAACAUGUGUGCUGUAGUUUUUGAAGUCAUAAUAAACAGAGUGAAAUCACAGCUGCUCGCUGAUAAUCUUCUGUGUAUGAAUGAAUGGGUUCAGUUCAUAAUAAUAAGGCUUAUUCCGUCCAUUCGAGUCCUUGUAAUGCGUGAAGAUUCUAUAAUAUAAUAUAUAUAAUAAUGAAUAUAUCAGCAUGUAGGUUUGGACUGAAAAUAAUAACGGGGUCUUUAUUUCCGAAUCUGUCUGUAAACUCACACAUCCCUUCAUGAGAUACAGCUGCUGUUUGGCACGUAUGGUCAUUUUGUUACAUUAAAAUAUUUUAAACUACUUGUCAGACACGUUUUUAAAAACACAGACUUGGGCAAAGUCACCAUCUCCUUGUGUGAGUGUUGUAACAGCUUACUUUCAGGUACAAAGCGCCACCUAGUGGAUCCUUUGAGCAGGUCCCUGGUAAAAAAGAAAAAAAGACGAGACCUUUCUGUGUAAUUUAUGUCAUGGGUCAUGCAAUGGGUGUCUGUUCACUGUACAUGUUCAUAUAUUCUUAAUGUAUUGUGUAAAACCCCGAUGCACAUUUUUAACCUUUCAAGGAA